CACAGCAUAGCGUCACUCCACGUACACGUGUCAGCGCUUCAGCACUCUCUUCCGGUUCAACAUGGCGGCAUCCAUGGCAUGUCAGGCUGCAGUAAGAGGACUCCGAGGAGCAAGUACUAAACAUCUGUUUAUAAACAGAAACAAGUUGGUGAUUCCCAGAAGAUGGUUGAACCUGCAGGAGUACCAGAGCAAGAAGCUCAUGCAGGAGAGUGGCGUGGCUGUGCAGCGAUUUUUCGUGGCUGACACCGCCUCUGAAGCCCUGGAAGCUGCCAGGAGACUCAAAGCGAAGGAGAUUGUCCUGAAAGCUCAGAUUUUAGCGGGAGGACGAGGCAAAGGAGUGUUCGACAGCGGCCUGAAAGGAGGCGUCCAUUUAACAAAAGACCCUGCUGUUGUUGGAGAGCUUGCCACUAAGAUGCUCGGUUACAAACUGACCACCAAACAAACCCCUCAGGAAGGAGUCAAAGUAAAAACGGUGAUGGUCGCAGAAGCUCUGGAUAUCUCCAGGGAAACAUACUUUGCCAUCUUGAUGGACCGUACCUGUAAUGGACCCGUGAUGGUGGGCAGCCCUCAAGGUGGAGUUGACAUAGAGGAAGUGGCUGCCACCACACCAGAGCUUAUCUUUAAGGAAGUCAUAGAUAUAUUUGAAGGGGUUCGAGAAGACCAGGCACUACGUAUGGCAGCUAAUUUAGGAUUCAAGGGACCGUUGGAGAGACAGGCUGCAGAUCAGAUUAAGCGGCUCUAUGAUCUGUUUCUCAAAGUCGACGCCACUCAAGUCGAAGUCAAUCCGUUCGGAGAAACACCUGAGGGACAAGUGGUUUGCUUUGAUGCCAAAAUCAACUUUGAUGACAACGCAGAGUUCAGACAGAAAGCUGUGUUUUCCAUGGACGAUACAGAGGAAAGCGACCCCAUAGAGAUCGAGGCUGCCAAACAUGACCUAAAGUACAUCGGACUGGAUGGAAACAUUGCUUGUUUUGUUAAUGGUGCUGGUCUUGCUAUGGCAACGUGUGACAUCAUAGACCUGAAUGGUGGAAAGCCAGCAAACUUCCUGGACUUGGGUGGAGGUGUGACGGAGAGCCAAGUGUACACAGCCUUCAGAAUGCUCUCUGCGGAUCCUAAGGUAGAGGCCAUUUUGGUAAAUAUUUUUGGAGGGAUUGUCAACUGUGCUAUUAUUGCUAACGGCAUCACCAAGGCCUGCAGAGAACUGGAGCUCAAGGUUCCACUGGUGGUCAGGCUUGAGGGCACCAACGUUCAAGAGGCAAAGCGUAUCCUGUCUGAGAGCGGACUGCCCAUCACCUCUGCCACUGACCUGGAUGAUGCAGCCAAGAAAGCUGUCGCAGCCAUUGCCAAGUAGUAAAUGUGUACGCAAAUGCAAAAUACACAGCUGUGAGAGCUGUGGCCAUCAUCACAAAGACUAAAAUAUAAAAUCAUUUUUCACUAACAAAGCUUUACACACAUCAUUCACACACUUACUCUGUGUUGAAGCCACUUACCUCACCUGUCUUCUGAAUCAUAUCUACACAUCAAGCCUUUGUAAAAUUAAUUUAUACAGGACGUACUGUACUUACACAAGUCCCAACUUAUUUAUAUUUUAUAAAAAAUAACACCUAGUUUAAAUACGUUGGGAAAAAUGACAGGGUCUCGAAUACGGGACAGUCUCAGGAAUCGUGCUCACAAAAUUUUUCCUGGUUGGCAAAGGAAAUAAUGCAUUUACAUUCAUUGCCUUACUUCAAGCCUUUUGACUGAUUAUUCAUUUAUUGAUUGUAAUUACAUAUUUACCUGUGGGUAAAAUGUAAAUAUACUAGUUUAAUUGCAUUCCAUAAUAAUGCAGAUAGGAAAUCUGUAUCACCUCGAGUAAACCAUACAAGACAGGAGUGAAAUUGUCCUGUUAAUCUUUUAUACGAUUGCAACUGUGAAAUAUGACUUAAAUCUGAUAUUGAGUUGUUCAUCUCCAUAUGGCAUCACCGUCCCAAUCUAUUGUUUUUUUUUUUAUAUGGAUACGGCUAUAAGAUUUAAAACUACAGAUAUAAAACUACUGGGUUAUGGUUCGCCUUCUGCAAUAUUACUGCCUUAAUAUCUGUUUGUUAUUCAACAGUAAAUGCAAUACUGAUAUAAUGCAUCAGUGAUACCCAUAUGCAGUGUAAUGUAUUUCAGCAUUUCACUUGAAAUCCUUUUUUUAAGAGUUUUUACAUUAAUAUACAUGUUAAACAUUUAUGAGAGUGUGUGGUUUUUACUUUGCCUGUCUCCUAAAGAGGUUUUAAAAUCUGCAUAAGUUCUUUCAAUAUGGUGUCAUUUCUUUAUUGUGAUAAAACAAUUUAUACAUGAAAUUACCUCUUUUUCUAAUCAUAUAUGUUUUUUUCAAGGUCAGUGAUUAUUUAAAAUUAGCCUUAAAUGAUUAAA